AGCAGUCGCGCAGUGUUUCUCAUUUGGAACGGUUUACGUUAACAUUCUCUACCUUCAGGCUGGUAGCGUUCAUUGCGUUGAAUGUUGCAGCUAUACGUUUUGCAUCAUUCAGGCACUUUGUGUUAGCGAGUUUCGGUAGCAAAAACUGUUUAGUUCAAUGCAAAACUACAUUUCUUAUCAACACCGAUAAUCUGUUGAGUGAAACUGAGCCGAUCAUUCUCAUCGGCAUUGUUUUGGCGUGAGUAAACAAUCCUUUGUCGGUGGUAGUAAGUUUGUGGGUGAUUCGACAUUCUGCUGGCCACACUGCCCAAUGAUAAGAUUGAUCAAAACAUUCAGUCGUGCAUCUCGCUGGAGUUUGGACGGACGUCUCAGCACGUGUACGCUGUGCCUCUUCGCGAUUGGGGUCCUCUUUUACAGCAUCCGGCGAGUCGCUAGGAUCGGUUGGCACAAAGCCGAAGGCUAGAAGUCUAUCGCCACAGCGGCGGCCGUACGAACGCGUCACUCGCGUUCCAUUCGUCGCUCGGACUGCACGUGUUUUUCGCUAUUUGGCGCACUAUUCAUUGUCGUUUCGCUUUCGGUAUUCUUGAUAAGUUUGUUACGGGUAACAGAAGAUAGAGAAAAAAAAACCCAAAGUGUUGACUGAGGAAGAACUUUUAAGUUUCUGUUAAUUUCGCUUGGAUUACACUGUUGCAAAGGUUGGUGAUUACUCUGGUGUCACCCGCUAUUGAGGGUUUUCAGUUCGCUGAUAAGACUGUGGCCGUCGAUUACUUUAAGUCGGUUCCAAGCAGUAUAAUACUUUGUAACGUCAAUCAACAGGAAUUUAAGCUUAUUUAUCUGGAGUGCUAUGAAUGGCGUGAGCAUAAUUAUCGUCAAUGUUCGGUGACUGAUGAAGAAACGUGGUUCUUUGAUAAGAGUGAGCUACAAUUGAGGCGGUUUAUAUAGUACACGGGUGUCGUAAUUGUGUCGAAUGAUUGUUUAUAACAGUUGCAAUAAAAUGAUUUGCACAAGUGACGCUGAAACCAGGAAGACCAGUUGAAAACAAGUUUCGGUCAACCGGACAACCAUCGCAUAUUAAGCAUCCGACGGGGGUUACAAGUUGUUUCAGCUCUUAGACAACUCAUUAAAACUUCGUCAUUCGGUGCAUCGAAGUCACUCGAAGGGCCCAGCCGUUACAGGAAUGCUAUCGUAGCUUCCGGAUAAACACACCGGUAGCAUCGUAUUCCCCGGGUGUUACCCGCCAUCCGCCACCACCCAAAGGUUCGAGAAGAUCUUCGCUAGUUGCUGGAGAAAGAAAAACGCUAGCAUAUCUGCCGUUGGCUGUAGUAUUUUCUUUUCCUACAAGCAUUUCCAAUUUCAACCCGUUAGGAGGAAAUCAAUUUAACCGGCACAAAGCAGGAAGGAAGCUCUCUUGCUCUUUCGAAGCAUCACCUGUUCGGUGUGCUACCGAAUCUGGCAGCGCCAUAAAGUGAUAAACCAAUAGUUCUUAGUAUUAUAUUAAUAUAUAACGAACUCGAAAUUGGAACGGGAAAGCGACAGAAGAGAAGCGGCCAAGAGUAUCCAUCCUAAUGAUGCGGUUGAAAUCGAUUAUUGCUCUAUUUUCAGAACAAUAAACGAGCCUUGAAAAUGAAAAUACACACAGCGUGGAUAUAAAUGCAGCGGGGAAAACAUAAUCAACGGAAAACUAUUUUGCACACGCCCGACUUCGUAUAGAAUAGAAUAGUAGAAAAAUGACAAUAAUGAUGGUACCUUAUAGUAAAUAGAUUCUACCUUGCUCACGAAUAUAUUUUGUAUAUAACUGAAAGCCAAAAGAGGCGCUCCACGCAAUCAGUAACAGGCGAGAAAAUCUGAAACAUAAAGCCCCAGCCCCCGGGGGUGGGAUCUGUUUGACAAUAUAGACCCUUGGAGCAACCGAAAACCGCAGGCAGCACCCGAAGCAUGGACCUGAAGCACUCGAACGUACCGGAAGUGACGGUGGUGGCGGAUGCCUACAUGCCAGGCAGCAAAUCCUCCGAUCUGAUCAAACCGUCCACCAAUGGAUCCAGCGCUACGCUAGACAAGCCCACGUUGGCCCCAGGCGAAUUCAAGGUCUACAAGCGACGAUGGCUGGUGCUGGCAAUCUUCGUGAUGUAUUCCGCCUCCAAUGCGCUGCAGUGGAUUCAAUACAGUAUUAUUGCAAAUAUAGUUCAGAGAUACUAUGACAUUACGAGCACAUGGGUCGACUGGACGUCGAUGAUAUUCAUGAUUCUCUACAUUCCGCUCAUUUUUCCGGCAAGCUGGAUCCUGGAUAAGCUGGGUCUACGCAUUGCUGCCAUUAGUGGCGUCCUUGGAACCUGCCUGGGCGCUUGGAUAAAAUGCUUCUCCGUGCGGCCCGAUCUGUUUUGGGUGGGCUUCAUCGGCCAAUCCAUUGUGGCCGCCUCGCAAGUGUUCAUCCUCUCGCUACCGGCCAAGGUGGCUGCGGUGUGGUUCGGCCCGGACCAGGUCUCUUCCGCGUGCAGUAUUGGUGUGUUUGGAAAUCAGCUUGGUAUCGCGAUUGGUUUCCUGGUGCCUCCAUUGUUGGUGGAAAAUCACGACGACAUCGAUCUAAUUGGGACCGACCUGAGGCUAAUGUUCUACAUCGUGGCGGGAUUUACGAGCGUACUCGUGAUUUUGGUGCUCGUGUUUUUCAAAGCCGCCCCUCCAACCCCUCCUUCGGCGGCCCAGGAAGCAACCAAGACCCCGAAUCCGCUGCAAUCAUCGCCGUUUUUGCAUUCCAUUAAGCGACUGAUGCUGAACAGAAACUACGUCCUCCUGCUGAUAUCGUACGGAAUGAACGUCGGCGUAUUUUAUGCCAUCUCAACCCUUCUCAAUCAGAUCGUCCUAACUCACUACCCGGGCCAUGAAGUGGAUGCCGGCCGCAUUGGAGUCUGCAUCGUGUUUGCCGGUAUGUUGGGAUCCGUGGCUUGUGGCAUUGUGCUGGAUAAGACCCAUCGAUUCAAGGAAACUACGCUGGCCGUUUAUAUAUUCACCAUGAUUGGAAUGUGGAUCUAUACGUUUACUCUAUCGACCGGGCACAUCGCCGUAGUUUACAUUACGUCCUCCCUGCUCGGUUUCUUCAUGACCGGUUACCUUCCGGUUGGGUUUGAGUUUGCGGCAGAACUUACCUAUCCGGAACCAGAGGGCACAUCGACCGGGCUGCUGAACGCGGCCGCGCAGGUAUUUGGCAUUGCGUUCACCAUGGUCUACUCGGAGAUCCUGAACAGCAGCGGCGAUAUUGUGGCGAAUGUUACGAUGGCUGUGAUGCUCUUUGUCGGUUCGGCCGUAACGGCCAUCAUCCGGUCGGACCUACGCCGCCAGGCGGCUCAAAACCCGAACGCUUAAAUCCUCCCAGUACAAAAAGGAGCCGACUUUUCCACUAGGUCUGGCACCUCGUGCUGGCUGUUUUCAGAAUUGAACAUUUUUACCAGGUGAAAUGUCGAUAGAUGUGUUAUUUAUGCUAACUGUAAAUGUUGUUAAUGUUAUAGAGAAUUUUACGCAACAUGCUCGUUAUGUUUUUCGAAAAGAAAAAGUUUAAUUAAAAGCAAGCAAACAGACUGGCGACACUGAAGCGAUUCACUCGAGCAUACAGAAAAGGGCAAAGGAAUAAUUAUGCCUCGUGAAAACAAUGCCAGCUUUCCGGACUGUAACACCUGUCCAUGUCAUUAUGCUACGCAACAAAAUAAAAACGAUGCAAAGUCAUCAACAUUCACCUCGACAGGCUGCUCUAGCACUGACUACGGUGAAAUAACUUUUGCAAAAGUGGGAAAGUUCCUGGUAGUCUGCCCAUAAAUUCGCAACGGCUAACGACAUUCACAUUUGUCAGCUUCUGGGUUUAUAGUGUGAGGUGAAAGAACAAACCAAUGAAUAUACCAGAGAAUUUCCUCUUGAGUUCACUUUUUUCUCUACUUUUUUCACAACACGUGGCAGCAAAAAAUCAUGAAACCAAAAAAUGAUCUUCAUUAUUCUUCACUAACUAAUGAUUUUUUUUUUGUAAAUAGUGGCCAUUCAACAAAUGCUCGAGCGCAUCGUGGAAGAACUCACUAACAACAACGUCUCAUUUCAUGAUGCUUGCUAUGGGCAUUACCAUGGAGACGCUCGGUAAAUCAAAGCAACCAUCAGAAAAAAGCUAAAAACUAACCUCAAUCAACAGCCCCUCGCCCCCUCCCCAUUAGUUAGUUUAGGCUGAGAAAAAUAUCGACCCGGGGCUGUUUUGAAGUAGAAUACUUCUCUCAGGAAGUUCGGCUACAUAGGGAUGUGAAAUGAAAAUCUAAAACCGAAAAAAGUGAAAAAUAUGUCCAAUUUCAAAUGCUAAUAAAUCGCUUAGUAUUCGAUGGAUUUCCUUCGUUCUUGCAGCAAUAGAUUGGAAAAUCUUCUAAGAUUCUUCCCAAAUGUAGAUAAUUGUAAUUUUAUUAUUCAAACUAUUGUACUAUUGAAAAUAGUCAAGCCUUGUCAAAACGAAAAAUUCGGCCUCUGAUUGGUCGUUAUAUGAUUGCUUCCCAAGCACGGUCGACAGAAUCAUAGACCUUGCCAUUUGAAAUGUGCAAUUUGGCCUAUAUAAGAUCCUGUUUCACUCGGAGCCGCUCAUUAUAAUUCUAGACUGCAACAGGAGCAGUCCUCCCUCAGCAGCAGUAGUGGAUACAGCAGCAGUAGCAGUGCAGCGGAUAACGGCCACAGCUGCGGUAUGGCAACGGAUAGCGGAGCGCGUCUCAGCAUCAAUAGCAGGGCCAGGUGAUGCAGGGCAGCGGAUACCUAUGAUAACGGAAGCGUCCACUACUGUGACAACGGAGAUAGUGCAGCGGUUGACGUUGGUCUCAGCAUCAAUAUAAGCAGGGCCAGCUGAUGCAGUUUGGCAUUUUAGUGAAAUGCUGUCGCUGAGCGAUAGCAGGCACACUAGCAAAUGUAUCCAACGAAAAGAACGUUUUGGAAAGCUUUUCAGUGUUUAUUUUCCCGCAAGGAAUACUUUAUUUGCACUGCCAGUGAUAACGCAAAGAUGUGAUCGGCAUCUUAUCAGACAUUGAAUUAAACAACAAGUUGUCCAUUUCAGGAUGAAAUAAAAACCUAAUUGAAGAGUUAAUAUUUUCUCUUAAAUCAAUUUACACUUUCAAGAAAUUUGGAACAGAUAUAUAUUUGGCUUCAUCUCCGUGUCUCAGAACGUACUGAAUUAUCUUUUCCUUCAGUCAUGAGCACAACAUCCGAAAAGCUGAUGCAGGGACAGCGGAUACCAAUAGCAGCGCAUAGCGGCCAAAACAUUGGCAUGGCUACGGAUAGCGUAGCAGUUGCAGCGGGUUUAGAAUCGAUAGCAGCCGAUGCAGUGAGGCAUUUUAGUGAAAUGCAGUCUCUGUGCGAUAGCGGGCACUGGUAAAUGCAAUCAAUGAAAAGUUGACUGAUUUUGACAACAGAUGAGCCGUCUAGUUUUGAGUGUUCAAUCAGAUUUUCACUGUUUAUUUUAUCACAAGGAAUACUUUAUUCGCACUGUCAGUGAUAACGCCAAGAUGUGAUCGGUAUCUUAUCCGAUAUUGAAUUGAACAACAAAUUAAAAAAUGACUGACACGCAAGCAGCCGGGUUUUCUUUCUUGUAAAAGUAUUCUACUUCAUCGUUGCGGUCGUGGCUUUGCACGCAACCCUCCUGUAAUUUUUAUCUUCUGGAGGGGUUUGUUCAAACUAAACAUUAAACCGGAAAAGAAACACUCUACGGACGACGGAAGCGAGGCGAAAAAAAUUAAUUAAGUUUGAGCUUAUCUUUCUUCCCAAUCUGGAUGGAAGAGGAGGCGAUUUUCUAUUGGCCGAACCGGGUGUUGUGUUGUUUUUUUUUAUUCUGUUAUUUUGGGAUCGGAUUCAAUUGGCUAUGCUAAAAAGAAGAGUGUUUGCGAGUAGGGGAGGCCACUAGAAGGACCUACUAUUUAUUUAAAAUGUCAAAGGGAAGAAAUAUAUGUGGAAUAAUAGACAUUGGAAAGCUGGUCCAUUGGAUUAGGCCAAAAAUAUAUGCAGGAUUUUCCAUAUCGAAUCGUUUUGCUCAAAAUAAUAUGUUUUCGACGGUCAACGUGCUUGCUUUAUAUUCAUCAUGUGAUACUGAUUUUAAUUGCAUGCGAUGGUUUUGGAAUUACAUAAAAACGAAAUUUGUUGAAAAACAGUGAGUGAAAACUGAAAGAUCCAUACUAUAGGAUGAAAACAGUAGCAGUAGAAGGCAAUAGUUAGUAUUAGCUGUGAUAAAUCGUUAUAUUAGACUAGAACACCACGAACAAGGCUUGCUGCUAUAUAAACCCAUACAUCAUAAUAGAAAUUCAGUAGAGAAUACGUUCACAAAACGUUUAGCAGAGCAUAACCUGACAAUAAAUCGCCAUAAGAUAAGAAGCAAAUGUCGCACUAUCGUAUCUAUCGCUAAGAGUAAUAACCCACCAAAUCCCUAUCUAUUAAAAUUCGAGGCUAUGAAAGAAAAAAACAAUUCCCGGACGCUACUUUUGAAGCAUUUUGCUAAUUUUAAUCACUUUCACAAAACAUGAAUCCAGUCAGGGCCAUAUAAAAUGUCAAUCUCAAAAUCGCCUUCGGUUAUGCAACGCUCGUUUUGGUUAGAAUUGCGAAAAGCGCACGGUGUGUUCGUAGCUGCAAAUCGCUAAAAAAUAUAUCUAUAUUUAUAUAUCAAACAACCACCCACACAAACACGUAAUUACAAAUGUUACCCAAUGACAAUAUACUAAAAUACCUGUAGACUAAUCGUAUACAAUAAGAAAGAUAUGUACCUAGAAAUGCACGAACAAAAAGUCAUCAAUACCCAACUAUCAUCGAAAUUCCACAAUGAACUUGUUAUCAAUCAGUAGCAGAGAAAAGGCCAAUAAAUGAAACAAUGUUGCCAAAUUGAAACGUAGUUUAAACUGCUUAAGAUUUUAUGUACGAAAAACCGAAAAGUGAAACGUUGAACUUUAACGACAAUAAAUUAAAGGAGCUAUUUAUACUGAAACAAAAUCAACUUAAAAAGUGUCACACAUUUGCGUUGAGUAUUGCAAUCAAAGAUAAUAAAGAAGAACCUGUUUGAGCUGUAGACAACAAUAAAAAUAACAUAAACAACAACAACCGAAAAAAAAACUAUUAAAAUGGUAGCUGUUUUGGGGGACAACGCAAAUCCACGUAGUAACCUCUAGUGGUACCUUUACCAGCGCUCAGUACUAAAUGUGUCAAUUUUCCCAUGUCUAUAUCCUAGUGGCCAUCGACGUAACAUUUAGAAAAUAACAAUUAUCUACAGCAAUGUGCGACAUGCUUCAUCUUACAGCUAGGAAAAAGACAGAAAAAAAAUUGAACACGGAAUAAUGAUUCCAGAUAGCAGGUGCGAUUUUAAACAUAAUAAAUUGGGAAUUACAA